AUGUUAUUGAUUGAACACUUAAUUCGUAUGAAAAUAAUAUUCAUUGUAUUGUUCAAAAAGAGUAUUAUCGUUUUUGGUCAGGAAGAGCAAAGAUGUUUAUUUAUCUCUAUCAAAGAACAGAUUCAAAAUAUCUAUUUCAUAAAUGAUCGAGGUGUGAAAGAUUUAACUGAACCAAACUAUUACCAAAAUGGUGGAAAAUCUUUAGUUUAUGAUACGAAACAUAUGAUCAAUUAUGUUGAUGUGAUUGAGCGAGAUGGUAAAGAGAAAGUCUGUGUUUUUACAGCAUAA